AUGCGGUCCACAGCCUGUCCUUCUGGUGUUGCUUCUCCCAGAAGAGCUGAAGAUCUUCCCACAGCCGGCGCCGAACAAUUCGCCAUGAAACCACAAUCUGCUGGAGAAAGAGUCAAUCCGGCUCCGUCGGCGGUGGAAAUAACGCUUCCACCCGUGGAACCUACGACGACAUCGAGUGUACUUGAAGUCGCGUCUUUAGUGCUCUACGCGACUUCUGCCAUUCCGGUUCGACUUAAGAUCCUUCUCGACCGGCUCUUGUCAGCUCUGCCCAGCGGCAACCCUAAACAGGUUCUCGACGCCUUCGGGUGGACCUACGACGAGUAUCUGCGAGGAUAUGUAGAUCAGGAUCCAGGCCGAGCCGUCAUUGACAAGUGGGCCCUGGUUAGCCGGGACGAAGAGCAUGUCGUACUCCGGCAGUUCCUCCGUUUUGCUGAAACUCGAGCGUUAGCUCGCCAGUUCAUGUUGGCCGACUCCGCGAUUCAAGCCGCGGCCGAGCAAACCCCAGAUCUCAGAAGACUCUUCGAAAGCUCAGCCGGAAUCUUGGGCUCUCAGCAAAGAGCAAGCGAUCUCAUCCAGCAGAAUCUUUCGGACCCGACGUCCGUUAGUGAACCAAAGCAGAAAGAAUCCACUUCUCCCCCGACGUCCGCCGCCGCACUCGCCGCAGCCGCCUCGGCUACCGCACCCGCGUCGGGCCUUACGGCGGCGGGCGCGUCGCGAGCUUCGAGCUCAUCGUCUCCGAGCUUAUCGAUUGGCGGCGUUCCCGGCAGGACAUUUCCCAAAGACGAGGGAAAUUCCUCCGGACAGGACUCGCCGUGCUCUUCGAGUCAUUUGACGGUGUCCGCCGCGACGCCUCCCGCGACCCACAACUCAUCGCAGAGUUCCCCGCUGAACAAACUCCAAAGCAUGCAGCCGUACGAUUACAGGACGCACAAACGUCAUCCGGCUGCCGACGACCGAAGUAACGCCACGAGUCCGAUGUCUUCGCCGCCUCUGCCGAUGAUGAUGCAGCUCCCGCAACCGUUCGCCCUGAACAGUCUGAACAGUCCGGACAUGAGUUUGACGGACGACGGAGGCUCGGACGACGAGUUCAGAGACUCGGCGAUGAAUUUGUCCGCGCCCGAAGCUCUGCUCGCCCAAGCGAAGCACCUCCAUCAGCAGCAGCAGCAGAAGGACUCGUCGUCUUCGUCCUCGAACACGAUGAAACGCCGCUGGGACCCCAUGGUGCUAAGUACGUUAACUACGAAUCCAUCGACCGGUAAACGCAGAGUGCAGUGUCACGUCUGUCUGAAGACAUUUUGCGACAAAGGUGCUCUGAAAAUCCACUUUAGCGCGGUCCAUCUUCGUGAAAUGCACAAGUGUACCGUGGAAGGCUGCAAUAUGAUGUUCAGCUCGAGGCGUUCGCGGAACCGUCACAGCGCAAACCCGAACCCGAAGCUCCACACACCGAAUCUCCGACGAAAGAUCAGUCCGCACGACGGUCGUACCGCUAAUCCGUUCCCAGUCCUGCCGCCAAGUGCUCUACUGGCGCUUAACGGAACAUCGCCGUCGCACCUCGGAUCGGUGUUACAGGAGGGUUUGCUGAACUCGAAACUAGCCGGCUUUGCCAACGAGUACACCCAGAAUCUACUCGAGCAGAGCGAGUCGCUCGGUGGCGUUCCACUCUCGCUCAUAAAAAACUCCCCCCAUCAGGCUCAGCCUAAUCAUCACCAUCAUCAUCAUCAGGCUCAAACUCCUUCCCCGCAGCCGGCGUCGCCGAUGCUCGAGGACAGCUCAUCGAACGAGGGUAUUAAUUUGUCGAUGAAAGCCAUGAGUUCGAGCAAAAAAGACAACAACAACAUCCAUUCCUUCGAACACAACGGAAGCCAGGCGAAAGACAACAUCAACAACAACAACUCUGCCUCCAGCAGGAAUUACGGCAGCCAACACGGUCCCUCGUCGGCUGGCACCACCUCCGGCAGCGCUUCGUUGAGAGAAGCCGGCCUCAACGACAUUCCGAGGCACUUUCUGGCCGCCGCCGCCGCCGCCAACAACAACGACUACUCCCGCUCUCUGUACGGAAAACCGCCCCGGAGCAUGCACGCCGCGUCCCCCGCGACGAAAACGCACCCCGACGCGCAGCCCUUGUCGCUCACAAUCGAUAAGCCCCGGAAACGGAAGGCCCUCAACCCGACUCGGGUAGCCGUUGGACCCUCGGACGACGAACUUCAACGACGACCGACCAGCGAUGACGAUUCGUCAAGCAACGCCAGCGAGGGGCCGAGGAGCAAGAAAUUUCGCCGAUUCGAUCGUUCAUCGAAGGCAGGAGCGAGAGUCAGCGACGACGAUGACGAGGAUCUCAUGAACACUAGCAGCGACGUUUCCAAAGACGGCUACGACGAUCUCUCUUCGUUGAGCGCACAAAAAGCAAAGCAGCUCAGAACCGAACCUAGCUAUCCGUUGCUGUUGAUGAGCGAGAAGUUCCGCCGCGAAAAGCAACUGCAACAACAGUUGCCACGACAAACGGAACUGAAGUCUCAGAAAUCGCAACGGAAACAACAUCCGGAGGAUCUUCGAGAACAGCCACGUCAGCAACAGCGACAAACGAAGGCUUGCUCUCGACGAGCAACAACCGACAGCCAGCGCACAGAGGCAAAUUACGGCGACGAUUACAACGACGGAGAUAACGACGACGACGAUGAUGAUGAUGAUGAGGAUCGCGACGAUAACGGAGCCGACAGGCACAAAAAGGACGGCCGCGACAAGGACUCUAGGCGACACGGAAAACGAAACCGUGACGACGUACUCGCCAACGAGCAUCAUCCGAAAACAGCAUCCAACAGACAGAAACAGCAGCCGCAGCAGCAGCAGCAAGUUCCGCCCUCCAGUGAAAAUCCAUUACGGCAUCUGGAGUCUCUCUCAAUGGGUGCUUUCACUGCGGGUCUUCUCCCUGUGGUCCGACCCGGUGGCGUUUCAUUUCACGCACCCGGACUCGGGCUUGCCGACGGGCCCCUCAAGAUCGAAGGCCGGGUUUCGCCAGCGAGCUCUACGGACCAGCACAUGGCGUCCGUUUACAGAGACGCGGCUAACGGCCAGGCCGAAGUUCCCGUCGACAAAGAAAACCCUAGACGAUGCACCGCGUGUGGGAAGGUUUUCCAGAACCAUUUCGGUGUCAAGACGCACUAUCAGAACGUGCAUCUAAAACUCAUGCACCGAUGCACCGUAGAUGGCUGUAAUGCCGCAUUUCCAUCGAGGCGGAGUCGAGAUCGUCACUCGGCAAACUUGAACCUCCAUCGAAAACUUCUGUCUACCUCAGGAAGUCAAAGUGCGGGCAACGACGUUCCCGCCGUGGCUCCCGCAGUCGUCGCCGGAGCACCGUUCGGUCUCGACAAGGUGUUUCCACACGGCCCGCCGGAUUUUUUUGCGCGACUCUACGAUCCGCAAAGUCUAGCCGAAAUGUACCAAAGGCUACCGGCUGCGGCCGCCGAAGCCGGUUUCGUAUUUCCGACGGGACUCGGAGCUUUCCCGCAUCUCUUGUCGCAAAUGCCUGUCCUCAACGCGGACAGAGGUUCACCAGCUGUUAGUGGAGGCUCGCUCCACUCGAGAUCGCCGUCGCCCCCGUCUCCAGGGACAGGUGGCGGACUCAGGCGUACGGACCAUCUAGAUAAAGUGAAACAGCGAUGAACGAUUCGAUCGUCCCGAUUUUAGAGAAGCUAGCGUGGAAUAUCAAUGAAUCCGGGUGAAUGAUAGAGUCGACGGCGUCGGGAGCGACGAUGCCCCAGGUAGCUGUAAAUAAAGAAUAAAGAUAGUUACAC